CUCCUCACAGAUCACCUGAUCCCCUUCGCCUCCGGCCAUCGCCAAACCCUAGAAGUGAGCGAGGUGAGAUUCGUCGCCAUGAACGACCUCAUGACCAAGUCGUUCAUGAGCUACGUCGACCUGAAGAAGGCGGCGAUGAAGGAUCUGGAGGCGGGCGGCGACGGGGUCGAGCUCCACGAGGUCGGCGUCACCGACGAGCGGCUGAAGGGGUUCUUCCAGGAGACCGAGGCCGUGGAGGAGGAGAUGACCGCCAUCCGCGACGCGCUGGCCAGGCUCAACGCCGCCAACGAGGAGGGCAAGUCUCUGCACCAGCCCGACGCCCUCCGCGCGCUCCGCGGCCGCGUCAACGCCGACAUCAUCGCCGUGCUCCGCCGCGCCCGGGAUAUCCGCGCGAGGCUCGAGGCCAUGGACCGCGCCAACGCCGCCCAGCGCAGGCUCUCCGCCGGGUGCCGCGAGGGCACCCCGCUCGACCGCACCCGCACCGCGCUCACGGCCGCGCUCCGGAAGAAGCUCAAGGACCUCAUGCUCGACUUCCAGGCACUCCGGCAGCGGAUCAUGUCCGAGUACAAGGACACCAUCGAGCGCCGCUACUACACCCUCACCGGCGAGGUCCCUGAGGAGGAGGUGAUCGAGCGCAUCAUUUCCGAGGGCCGCAGCGAGGAGCUCCUGUGCGCGGCCGUCGCGGAGCACGGCAAGGGCGCGGUGCUCGCCGCGGUGAACGAGAUCCAGGACCGCCACGACGCCGCCCGCGAGGUGGAGCGCAGCCUCCUGGAGCUCCACCAGGUGUUCCUCGACAUGGCCGUCGUGGUGGAGUCCCAGGGUGAACAGCUCGACGACAUCGAGCGCCACGUCAAUAGCGCCACCACCUACGUCCAGGGCGGCAACAAGGAGCUUGGCAAGGCCCGCGAGUACCAGCGCAGCAGCCGCAAAUGCCUCUGCAUCGGCAUCGUCAUCCUGCUGCUCCUCGUCCUCCUCAUCGUCGUGCCCAUCGCCACCAGCCUGAAGAGAUCAUGAGAACUUGGCCGCGUCAACUCCCAGUUAUUACUCGUGUUGUCGAGGGGUUCGGUUACGAUUACUUGGUACCAGACACUUCACAGUUGUGUCUCACUCCCGUGUUUUCGAAUUUCGUGUUCUCGAUUCGUUCGUUAAUCUCUGGCUGAAUGUUUCUGUAUCAAUCAGGAUUUAGCUGAUGAUCAAAU